AUGGCUUCGGCCUUGAAUCCUCCUCCUCACUCCUGCGAUAACAAUGAUAAAAACAUCUGUGAGAACCCCGAAUACAGCGAUCUUCGUCUAGCCACUCUCGGUGACACAAUCCGCAGUCUCUCAACCACCAUUGAUCGAUAUACAACGAAAGGGUAG